AAAAUAUUUCAAACAUUUGGGAAAGACAUGUCAGAAGUGAAAGUAGAUAGAAAUAUUUAUAGAAAUUUGUACCCAGGAAUUCCAAUAUCAGUACAAACUGAAGAAAGUUGGAUGCAAGAAUUGGCUGAAAAGAAGAGCCAAACAAAGAAAACAGUCUCUCAAAUCAAGGAAGCUAAACCUGAAUGUCUGGCUUCCAAGCUAAGAGAAAAAUGGGUAAUUAAUCCAGAAGAGAUCAAACUAAGUAUUUUAUGUGAAUUGGAGUUUAAAGAUGACUUCAUGACACUAUUUGAGCCUUCCAUGAGAAUGCUGCCCAGCACUGGGCCACCGUCCAUCCUGGCAUACAGACCCGAGCAAUGUCACUUAGACAUUAACCUCAAGGAUGAAGAGGAGGAGCUCGUACCCACAUGUGAAUUUUGUGGAGGAAAUCUCCAAGAACAUCUGUCCAAUGUGGACUGCAUUUACUGUGAAUCAAAAUCAUGUACUUCCUGUUGUCCUCGAGUCCAAAAUCUGAUCAACUAUAUCUACGAAGAAAAAAAAAUCCGAAGCUCUAAACCUGAGUUAAUCAAUAUCAAACCUCAUGAAGCCCAUGGCACUGAAGUUGAUAGAAUCAAGGCAAAAGAAAAAGCCCUGCAGAGAAAACAGGAGCGACAAAUUGGCAGGCAUUUCGCUAUGACACGAAGUGAACAGACAAGUGUCCCCAUAGAACGAAAGUAUGGGGAAAGAUGUUUUGUUCUUUCCUCUGAAACAUACAUUGUGAGGAACGAGCUCUUUGAGAAGCAUUACAAGAGUGGAGUCAAGUUUCUGACCUCAUUUCCAGAUGCCACAACACAAAUAUUCUAUCCAUCUGGAAAUCUAGCCAUCAUCCAAGUGCCCAACAAGAUAAAUGGCUUCAUUUGCAUAGUCCAGGAAGACACACCCACUAACCCUGCCAUCCUGGCGGUUCUGGAUUCCUCUGGCCGAAGUUCCUGCUACCAUCCCAAUGGAAAUGUUUGGGUAUACGCCAACAUCUUAGGAGGUCAGUACUCAGAUCAAGCUGGCAACAGAGUAAGAGCUUGGCAGUGGUCAAGUUCCAUCACUUCUUCACCCCUCGUUUCAUUUAAACCCAUCUUCUUGGCUUUGAACCAUAAUAUUGGGAUUUGCAUCUUAGAGCAAGACAAGAUUUCCAUCCGUUUUCUAGCAAUGGGCCAACAGGCAACCAUCAGGGUUGGAACCAAAGUAAAGCUGCCGCACCCCGAGGAGAUCCCGGUCCUCUGGUACCUGAGCGGAGAGGACCUUCUGCUGCUGGCCAGUAUAAUAAAGAUUCGAUGGCUGUUUCAUAAGCUAGAAGGAUGCAUGAAUUUUCCCUCAAGCCAGAUUUGGGAAAAAUUAAAGCAGCCUACCUACCUUUCUUCACUUUCUCUAAAGCUGAUUGCCCUCUGUCAGAAUCUUACAACAAUUCUAGACAUACUUUUUCCUUCUAACUGUUGA